CGGCUUCAUGUGGCACACGCCAUGCUAUUUGGAAUAAGAACGCUAUCCGCCGGCGCAUUGCGCGAAUUUAUAUCUGGAGAAGCCCUCGUCGUCUGACCUGCGCGCUCUCUCUCCUUGACACCAUCCCAAGGGACGAGCCACCUCACGGUCUCGUCAUGUCAGCGAUUAAAAGGUUCAUUCGGCUUGUAGAGGUGCCCCAGCCAGGAGACGAGACAGGAUUGUCGUAUACGGAACGUUUCCUCCAGAACGAAGAUCUUCUCCCUGUUCCUCCGGAGAAGCGCCUAUGGAGCAGUAUCAACUUCGUUGCCUUCUGGAUCGCAGACAGUUUCAAUGUCAACACAUGGAUGAUCGUAUCGACCAUGGUCACCGCUGGUCUCUCAUGGUGGCAAGCCUGGAUAUGUGUCUGGAUCGGGUACGGCAUCGUAGCACCGUUCAUCGUGCUCAACGCGCGGCCGGGCGCUAUGCACCAUAUAACGUUCCCUGUUGUCGCACGAACUAGCUUCGGCGUGUUCGGCAGUCUUUGGUGUACAUUCAAUCGGGGCGUGAUGGCAUGCAUCUGGUAUGGCGUUCAGACGGCGGUCGCAGGGCAAUGCGUCAAAGUCAUGUUGCGAGCUAUAUGGCCCAGUACUAACCGCAUCCCCAACCACCUACCGAGCUCAUCAGGCACCACCAGCCUGGACAUGAUGUGCUUCUUCCUCUUCUGGCUGAUCUCCCUUCCCGCAAUCUGGUUUCCCAUUCACCAAAUUCGUCACCUCUUCACCGUGAAGGCCAUCAUCACGCCCAUCGCCGGGAUCACCUUCUUCAUCUGGUGUAUUGUGAAAGCGCACGGCGUAGGGCCCAUUAUCCACCAGCCCUCCACGCUACAUGGCUCCGCGCUCGGCUGGGAGAUGGUCAUUUCGAUCAUGUCCUGCGUCAGUAACAUGGCCACGCUCGUGGUAAACGCCCCGGACUUCGCGUCGCGCGCGUCGACCCCGCAAGCGGCAGUUCUGCCCCAGCUGAUAAUGGUCCCGCUCGGCUUUUCGUUGGUCAGCUUCAUCGGUAUCAUUGUCAGCUCUAGCUCGGUCGUGAUCUUUGGCGAGGCGGUGUGGUCGCCGAUCGACCUGCUGGGUAUGUUCUUGGAUGAUCAUCCGUCUGGCGCCACUCGGUUUGGGGUCUGGUUCAUAGCUUUCGCGUUUAUUAUCGCACAGCUUGGGACAAAUAUAUCCGCGAACAGCAUUAGCGCAGGUUGCGACUUGACAGCGCUUUUCCCGAGGUUCAUUAACAUUCGACGUGGAGGCUACAUUGCAGCGAUAGUCGGCUUCUGUAUCUUGCCAUGGAACUUCCUCAAGAACGGGAACAACUUCACGACGUACCUCUCUGCGUACUCGGUAUUCCUCAGCUCCAUUGCUGGCGUAAUGAUUACCGAUUACUGGGUGAUUCGCCGUGGACACUUCAAGACGUCGGACCUUUAUCGCACGCACAGGGACGGUUGGUACUGGUACACCGGUGGAGUGAACUUCCGCGCGUACGCAGCCUACAUCGCAGGCAUCGUGAUCAACGUUGUGGGCUUCGCGGGAGCUACCGGCCGGUCCGUCCCCCUUGCCGCGACAAGGAUAUACGAGCUCUCCUUCUUCACCGGUUUCGGUGUAUCCGCGGUGAUCUACAUCCUGCUCAACGCGUUGUUCCCCGUAAGAGGGGCCUCGCGCGAGUUCGUCGAGGUAGAUGAAUCCGCGUACGAAGACAAAGCGUCAGUCAAUUAUUCCGACGAUGUUGAGCGAUACGAGAAAGAGAAGGCGAAUCGCGUCGACGUGCGGGCGGACAUGGUGGACGAGAGCAACUAAAAAUGGGAGACUUGGUGCUUUGGGGACGGAUCUGCGAUAUUUCUUGGUGUAAAAUAGC